AUGGUGAAUUCCAUGGUUGAACGCGCCACGAGCGAUAUGCUCAUCGGUCCCGAUUGGGCCAUGAAUAUUGAGAUCUGUGACAUGCUCAAUCAUGAUCCUGGGCAAGCAAAGGACGUUGUCAAAGGUAUAAAGAAGCGGAUUGGAAGUAGACAUUCUAAAGCUCAACUCCUUGCAUUGACUUUGCUGGAGACAAUCAUAAAGAACUGUGGGGAUAUUGUUCACAUGCAUGUUGCAGAGAAAAAUGUGCUUCAUGAGAUGGUGAGAAUAGUAAAGAAAAAGCCUGAUUUUCAAGUCAGAGAGAAGAUAUUGGUUCUUAUAGAUACUUGGCAAGAAGCUUUUGGAGGACCAAGGGCAAGAUAUCCACAAUAUUAUGCUGCAUACCAGGAACUGUUGCGUGCUGGGGCAGUAUUUCCUCAGAGAUCUGAGCAGUCUGCACCUGUAUUUACUCCUCCACAAACACAACCGUUGGCUUCAUACCCUCCAAAUGUACGUGGCAUGGAUGGUCAGCCGGACACAGCUGAGACAUCUGCAGAGUCAGAAUUUCCGACACUAAGUUUGACCGAAAUACAGAAUGCACAUGGUAUAAUGGACGUUCUCGCGGAAAUGCUCAAUGCAAUAGACCCCAACAACAAAGAAGGGCUUAGACAGGAGGUUGUUGUUGAUUUGGUAGAGCAAUGUAGAACAUACAAGCAGAGAGUGGUACACCUUGUAAACUCAACUACGGAUGAAUCAUUGCUAUGCCAAGGACUAGCUCUCAAUGAUGAUCUGCAGCGUCUACUUGCCAGGCAUGAAUCUUUUUUGUCAGGACUUUCUAGUAAAAAUGGAAAUCACUUAGAGAAUUCAAAACCUGCACCUGCUGGGCCACUUGUAGAUGUUGAUGCCCCAUUGGUUGAUACUGGAGAUACUGGCAAACAAACUGAUGGGAGGUCUUCUUCUGGUGCUGAAGCAGGCUCUCAAACAUUGAAUCAGUUAAUGCUUCCCGCGUCAGCUACAUCUAAUGGUUCUGCUGUACCUGCCAAAGUUGAUCCCAAGUGGGACCUUCUCAGUGGUGAUACCUAUGAUUCUCCAAAAGCAGAUACUUCGCUUGCUCUUGUUCCUCUGGGAGAACAACAUGCUGCCAGUCCUGUAUCUGAUCAGAACGCCCUUGUUCUUUUUGAUAUGUUUUCUAAUGGAGACAAUGCAUCCACGCCUGUCAAUACCCAGCUAACCCAGCAAACUAAUGUUGCUGGCCAAUCUGGUCCAUUUACUCCUCAAUUUCAACAACAGCAGACAUUCAUAUCUCAAGGUGGUUUUUACCCCAAUGGAAGUGUGCCAAAUGCUGGUUCACCUCAGUAUGAGCAAUCACUGCACACACAAAGUACAGGUCCUUCCUGGAAUGGUCAGGUUGCAGAACCACAACAGCCAGCUUCUCCUUAUGGUGCGCAAAGUAGUGGAUCAUUGCCGCCACCUCCGUGGGAAUCUCAACCGGCUGACAAUGGCAGUCAGCUAGCAGGUGCCCAGUAUCCACAACCACCGCAAGUCAGUCAUAUGGCUACAACACAUGUACAAAGUGCUGCAAAUCAUCAAAUGCAUCAAGCAAUGGAUUAUGGCCAGGCUGGUGGUAUGUAUAUGCAGCCGAAUGCGAACAACCAUAUGUCAGCAAACAAUAGCCAUUUUGGAAGCAAUCAAUUAGGCAUGCACCCUCAGCACAUGCAAGGUGGUGCAGGGCACUACAUGGGUAUGGCUUCACAUCAAAUGCAAAGUGGUCCUGCAGUUUCCAUGUAUCCACAACAGAUGUAUGGAAACCAAUAUGUAGGUUAUGGCUACGGUCAACAACAACAACAACAACACAGAGUUCCAUACAUUGAGCAGCAAAUGCAUGGAAUGUCUGUAAGAGACGAUAAUUAUUUGCGAAACUCUAAUCAGGGUUCUACAUCUUAUGUUCCAUCGGGGAAGCCAUCCAAGCCAGAGGAUAAGUUAUUUGGGGACCUUGUGAACAUGGCAAAAGUGAAGCCAAAAGCAUCUCCAGGUCGAGCUGGUAGCAUGUAA